GAUUAUAUAAGAAAUGGGAGAGGUUAAGUUGCUUGGCACAACACAAAGCUUUCCCUGCGCUAGGAUUCAGUGGGCUCUGAAGCUCAAGGGCGUGGAGUAUGAGUUCAUAGAAGAAGAUUUGGGAAACAAGAGUUCCCUCCUGCGCAAGUAUAACCCUGUCCACAAGAAGGUACCAGUUCUUGUCCACCACGACAAACCCAUCGCCGAGUCGCUUGUGAUCCUUGAGUACAUUGAUGAGACAUGGAAGGACAACCCCUUGCUUCCUCAGGACCCUUAUGACAAAGCCGUAGCUCGGUUCUGGGCUAAGUUUGCUGAUGAGAAGGUUCUGAUUGCAGUAUGGGGAGCUUUCACUGCCGAAGGAGAAGAGAAGGAGAAGGCUAUAAAGUCUGCACUAGAACCACUAGCAUAUCUUGAGCAGCAGAUUGAAGGGAAGAAAUUUUUUGGUGGAGAAAAAAUAGGGUACUUUGAUUUAGUAGUAGGUUGGCUAUCGCAGUGGCUCAAUGUGAUGGAAGAAGUUGGAGGCAUGAAGCUACUUGAAGCUGAGAGGUUCCCACUUCUCCAUGAAUGGGGUCAGAACUUCAUCCAAGCUCCGGCGAUCAGAGAAUGCAUUCCACCGAGAGAAAAGCUUGUCGAGUAUUUCCAUUUUAGCCUCACUUACGGACGUUCCUUAGCAGCCAACAAACCAUGAUCUUGUCCCCCAUAUCAUUAAGCAACCACUCUACUACAACCAUGGUUUUUCAGAUGAAUUUGAUAUAUUUUUACACGCAUUUUUCGAGCUUUUGGGGUGUUGUUCUAGUAGUAUAGGGUGUACUGUUUCUACCUAUUGAUCUGAUUACAUCUUCUUUUGCAUGUCCCUGCUUGCUUAUGUACUUGCCUAAAAGAAAAUGAAGCAUUCUUUGUCUAUGUAGCUUUUGGGGUGUUGUCCUAGUAUUACAGGAUGAACUGUUUCUACCUAUUGAUCUGAUUACAUCUUCUUUUGCAUGUUCCCCCGCUUGCUUAAUUAUGUACUUGCC